AUGAAACCUUUUCCUCCAUUGACUCACCCAUUGCUCAACUUACAAGCCUUGGUCUGUUCAAUUCGAAAAUCGUUGGUAUCCCCACAAAACCCUGUUUUUGUUUUGGAACUUCUGGACAAAGCGUUAGACCAAUACCCAGACAUCAAGACCUUGAAAAAUGUGCAUUCCAAGGUUUUUAAUUUUAGUUUUCACGAAAACCUAUUUCUGGGAAUCAAACUCAUGCGGGCAUAUGCAGCGUGUGGAGAACCUGGGAUGGCACGCAGGGUGUUUGAUGAAAUUCCUGAGAGGAAUGUUAUUUCUUAUAAUGUCAUGAUCAGAAGCUAUGUGAAUAACCAUUGGUACAAUGAUGCAUUGCUUGUUUACAGAGACAUGGUUGGUGGUGGAUUUAGUCCUGAUAACUAUACCUACCCUUGUGUUUUGAAGGCUUGCUCUUGCUCUUGCUCUGACAAUGCAAGGAUUGGGUUGCAGCUUCAUGGAACUGUGUUUAAGCUUGGGUUUGACUUGAAUUUAUUUGUUGGGAAUGGUCUUAUUGCGUUGUAUGGGAAGUGUGGUUGCUUACUGGAAGCACGGCGUGUUCUUGAUGAAAUGCCAAGUAGGGAUGUUGUUUCAUGGAACUCAAUGGUUGCUGGGUAUGCGCAAAAUAUGCGGUUUGAUGAUGCAUUGGAGAUCUGCCGAGAAAUGGAAGGUCUGAGGCAGAAACCGGACUCAGGUACAAUGGCUAGUCUCCUACCAGCAGUAACUGACACUUCAUCAGAAAAUGUUUCAUAUGUUAAGAAGAUGUUUGUGAAUUUGGAGAAGAAAAGUUUGGUCUCAUGGAAUGUGAUGAUAACUGUGUAUACAAAAAACUCAAUGCCUGAAAAAGCUGUUGAUCUAUAUUUAGAAAUGGAGAAAUCUGAAGUGGAACCAGAUGCAAUCACUUGUGCUAGUGUUCUUCCAGCAUGUGGGGAUCUUUCAGCUUUGUUGUUAGGAAGGAGGAUUCAUGAACUUGUUGAGAGGAAGAAGCUAUGUCCAAAUUUGCUUCUGGAGAAUUCACUGAUAGACAUGUAUGCUAGGUCUGGAUGUCUAGAAGAUGCGAAAAGAGUGUUUGACAGAAUGAAAUUUCGUGACGUUGCCUCAUGGACUUCAUUGAUAUCUGCCUACGGUAUGACUGGACAAGGCCAUAAUGCUGUGGCACUCUUCACUGAAAUGCUAAAUUCGGGUCAAAGUCCAGAUUCCAUUGCCUUUGUCGCAAUUCUGUCAGCUUGUAGCCAUUCAGGAUUAUACAACGAAGGGAAGUUUUACUUUAAGCAGAUGACAGACCAUUACAGAAUAACACCAAGAAUUGAACACUUUGCUUGUUUGGUGGACAUUUUAGGACGAUCUGGACGAGUAGAUGAGGCCUAUAAUUUCGUUAAACAGAUGCCAAUGGAGCCUAAUGAAAGAGUUUGGGGAGCACUGCUUAGUUCGUGUCGGGUGUACUCCAACAUAGAUAUUGGCCUUUUAGCAGCUGACAAACUACUUCAGUUGGCUCCUGAGCAAUCAGGCUACUAUGUGUUGUUAUCCAAUAUUUAUGCUAAGGCUGGUAGAUGGACAGAGGUAACAGCUAUUCGAUCACUAAUGAAGAGAAGAAGAAUUCGGAAAAUGCCUGGGAUCAGUAAUGUUGAGCUGAAUAAUCAGGUACACACCUUUCUAGCGGGUGACACAUCACACCCACAGUCAAAGGAGAUAUAUGAAGAGCUAAGUGUGCUGGUGGGGAAGAUGAAAGAGUUAGGAUAUGUCCCUGAGACUGAUUCUGCUCUUCAUGAUGUGGAGGAGGAGGAUAAAGAAUGCCAUCUAGCUGUUCACAGUGAGAAAUUAGCUAUUGUGUUUGCUAUUUUGAAUACUCGAGAAUCUCCAAUCAGAAUUACCAAAAACCUCCGUGUCUGUGGAGAUUGUCAUAUUGCUGCCAAGCUUAUCUCCAAGAUAGUUCAACGUGAAAUUGUCGUCAGGGACACCAAUCGAUUUCACCAUUUUAAGGAUGGUUUAUGUUCUUGUGGUGAUUAUUGGUGA